AUGUCUCAAGAAGAAUCUAACACUUUUUCAUCCGACUUUUCAUAUUUAUUUUUUCGUAAUGGUGCUAGUUUUCGAAUAAAUUAUAAUGACAAUGAUGAAAAAUCUCUAAAUCAAUCAUGUAUAUCAAGUCUUACCGAUUUAUGUUGUUCAGUAAUUGUACGUAAUGAAUCUUUAACUGAACAAGCAUGUGAAACAAUACCAAAAGAAUUAUUUAAUCAAUUAUUUCGUGCAGCAUUACAUUAUACACAAGAUGAUACAUGUAUUAAUAUUCUUAUAUCACGAUGGCCAUAUCGAAUAUUUCGUUUAGAAAAUUUUGUUGAUGAAAAAUUAACAUCAUUAAAAAUGUUAUUAUGUGAAAAAACAGCAUUACAAAGAACUAAACAAGCUAUUAAAUAUUCUGUUAUUAUAAUUCCUCGUUUUAUUGAUACAAUACGACAACAACAACAACAAACAAUACAAAAAAAAUUAUCAAAUUUACGAAUACUUGAUGUAACAAAUUUUCCUGUUGUGGAAUUAAUUAUUCGUUAUAUUUCUACACAUUGUCGUUUAGCAGAAAAAGAAUCAAGACGUAAUCAAUUAAUUGAUAUUUAUAAUCAACAACAUCAUCAAUUAUCACCAGAUUCUAAAACUACUGAUGAGAAUAGGAAUGAUUAUACAGAUAAUCAUUCAGAAAAUUCAAACGAUAAUAAUGAUGACCUCAUUAAAUCAAGUUCAUAUCCAGAUGAUACAAUUAUAAUUCGUUUUGAUUGUAUAAUUCAAGAUUAUCGUACCUAUGUUGAACUUCUAUCUGCUCUUCGUUCAACAACUCCUAAUAUUCAAUUACAAAUAUGUACAAUUGAUAUGCGUUGUAUUGGUUUAGCACUUGUUAGUAGUUUUCUUGAUCAUGUUGAUAAACGAUUUGUUCAUACACUUCGUAUUCCAUAUAAUGUAUUAACACGACAAAAUUUAAAAUAUUUUCUACCACGUUUACCAAGUUUAACACAAUUACAUACAUUAGAUUUAUCAUGUAAUUUUAUUGAUUUUCGUCUUAAUCAAGAAGAUUUAGAUCAAUUUUGUAAUGUUUUAUCACAAUUAAAAUAUUUAAAACAUCUUUCAUUAAGUGGUUCACCAAUAACAAAUCGUUUAGAAUUUAUUCUUAAUGCAAUUGAUCAUUCAUUAGAUGUAUUAAAUUUAGAUUUUUGUUCAUUAUAUGAAAAUGAUUUAAUAAGUUUAAGUGAAAUGAGUACACGACAUCAAUUUUUACAUUUAGAUUUAGGUACAAAUCGUUUAAAUCGUUUUAUGCGUCAAUUAUUAAUUGUUUUAAUAAAACAAACACGUCUUGUUGUAUUAGAUCUUGAUUAUAAUCGUUUUUCAUCAAAUGAUUAUCUUGAAUUAAUAGCUUGUUGUCAACGAUUAACAACAUUAAAAAGUUUAAGUUUACGUGGACCAAAUUCUUUAACAACACAAUUAGCUGCUGCAACAUUUAUUGGUGAACAUUAUAAAUGUUUACGUUCAUGGAAAAUUGCAUCUCCUAUUGAAUAUUCUUUAAAUCGUUUUGUUGGAAAUGAUGAACAGAAUUAUUUAAUACAAACUAUUAUGCCCUAUGAUAUGUUUAUUAAUGAAAUGAAUAAACGAGCAAAAUGUCUUGUUUCAAUAUCUGAACUUAGUGUAUAA